UUAAAAAGAAAGAUAUUAAAACAAAUUAAAAAAAAUUUCCAAUUAUCAUUUCAAGAUGGAAUAGAACAGUGUAUGAAUUAGGAAGAAUACUAAUGGAAUACUUAACUUAUUUGAGAUGAUAUUAUUAAUAAAUUUACAAAAAAUCUUUAGAUAAAAACCCAUUAUCAUUAUUCAUAAAGCCGGAGUGUAAAAUAGUAAAAUUCACCAUUUUACGACAUAAUAUGGACCUAAAUUAUUCCGACGAUAUUCAAAGGGGAGGGAGGAAUAAUAAUUACAAAAUUCCUAUGGCUAUAGACCUUGCCAACAAGUUCAUGAAAGCUGCUAAGAAAGAAUGUACCAUUACACCAGAAACUGGGAGCGAUAUACAAGAAUGCCUUUCCGAAAAAGUUUCCGAUGAAAAUUUCGACCAAACCAAAUCUUACAGGGUCACCAUAGGCAAUGGCAAACUGGGCAGCAUAUCUAAAAACUUCACUAAUCUCCAAGACUCUAUGAGAAGGAUGAGCAGUGGUGGGAGCCUCCGAGACUUAAAUUAUUAUGAAGCGGAGGGUCAAUCUAGACAAGCUCCAUCUACCAUCGACAAUAGAUUAGGGGUUCCAAAUAUUCUAGAGCCCGAAUCGAACGAAGAUGUUAAUAGGAAUUCUGGGAUGCGGGGAGGGAAAGAAGAAGGAAAGGUUGCCCAUUGGGCUGUGACCUUCGAUAAUUUGCUGAGAGAUUCGGAAGGGUUGAAAGUGUUCGAGGAGUUUCUCAGGAAGGAGUACAGCGAAGAAAACAUCGAGUUUUGGAAAGAGUGUGAAGCCCUGAAAGCAUUGAACGAUGUCGACUUGAUCAAAAGCAAAGGCAAAAGUAUAUUCGAACAUUUUCUAGCUGAUAAUGCUCUUUGUCCCGUUAAUAUAAAUGACUAUUGUCGGCAAGCUGUAAAGGACAAAUUGUUGAACCAACCUGACGAAACCCUGUGUUAUAAAACUCUAUUCGAAGCAGCUCAGACUCAGAUUUACAAUUUAAUGAGAUACGAUUCUUAUGCUAGGUUUUUGAAGUCAAACAUCUAUAAAAAUUGUUUGAUUGCGGAAUUGGAGAAGAAAACAUAUUCUCUAAUGGAACCUAGAAAAUCAGCCAAGGAUCUAGCUCUUAAGGGGGAUAAGCUCAAGGGCGAUAAGCUAGGGUUAGAAGAUACCUCCAAAAAAUGGAAAACAAAUCUAUUUUUCUCCAAAACUAAAUUUGAUAAUUUAUUAUCCGGUGCUUUGACCAAAGGUAUUAACCUGACCGAAGACAGUAAAAUAAAAAGUAAAUAUGCCGAAGAUAUGCGCAAAAGGAGGCAGGGUCUAGUGGCCAAUGAUAUCACCUCUAACGAUACACCCGACCUUUCCAUAAGCCAACCGGUCAAUAUAACCAAAACCUCUUCAUCGAUAACCUUCACUAUACCCCACCAAUCUAACUCUGAUAUGGAUUCUAAGCUUAUAGGAUUGGACAAUCAAUUGGGUUCCCUUUACAAUAUCAUCGACUUAGGCGACUCAUUUUAUGCCAAUGAUCAAUCUCAAAUACCCUUAAACUCCAUGGACAAAAUAUCCUCAACCACUUUCCAUAUUGUUAUAGGAUCUGGUUCGGAUCCCGAAAGCAUUUUAAAUAUUUUAGUUGUUCCUAAACGAAGAAUUUUAAAUAAAUAUGGACUUCCUGAGAUAGGCAUUUGCGAAGAAAACAAUAAAGUUAUUGAUAUCAAAGACAUACAUCCAAACGUCACCGUUAAAAGAAUGCUAACUCAUAUAUGCCGUUGGAAGAGGCUUAACUUUUCCGCUGUCGAUGUUUAUUCCAAACCUUCCCUUAUUAGAACUACAUCUUCAGAGGCUAAAAAUCAUUUUAAAUCGUCUAAUAACGAGGAUAACACACCUAAAUCGACCACUAAAAGAGAAAUGGUAGAUUUGAACCAACAAUUCGAAAUUUUCUUGGGCAAAGACUUAUACGUUGAAAAACGUAUAAUAUUCGAAAUGGUUCUUCCUAUCGGCAAAUGCAUCGGAGUCAAAACUAAACCAGAAAAAAGGAUCAAAGACGUUUUAAACCCUAUCCUAUCCUUUUACCAUUUAAAACCCGUGCAAGAACUUCACAUUUACAGAAAAAAUGAUUACAGUAAAUUAGAUCCAGAUGAACCGAUUGAAAAUGUUGACAAAGAAACCAUCAUUAUCAGUUCGCUCAAAGCUUCUUCGUCUGAUCCUAAUUUAUUAUCCUUCGACGAACCUCGACUCUCAGCAGAGGAUUUUGUUUCCUUACUGACUUCAACCAAGGACAAAAAUGUGAACAAGAAAAAACUUGCCUCCAAAAGGGUCGUUAAAAGGUCUUUAACAAGUGAAUUAGUUUCGGACCUAAAACAAGGUGUAGAUAUCGAUUUAAAGAAUCAAACCGGUGAAUACAUCAUUCCUAACCCCUAACAGUUCCAACCAACAUCAAUCGUUAACUAUAUCAAAUUUGAAUAAUGAAUCAUAUUCUACUUAGAAAAAUGGAUAUAGAUUUUUUUUAGUAUAAUAAUAUCAAAUUAUAUUAAAUCCAGUGAUGUAAUAACAGACGCUCUGCUCCGCUCCCCCCUUCCUCUCCACUCCUAAAAAUGAAGAGUUCCUUUUUUAAAAUGAAUUUUUAAAAAUGUUAUUAUUUAUUAAUACAUCCAUAAUUUCAUUUCAUACACAUAUAAUAUUAUUUUAAAUCAAUUUUUUUUACAGCGAGAUACCAACUCUACAAAUAUUGUAAGGGAAAAGGAGAGGGUGCUAAAAAUCGUUUCGUCUUAGAUUAAAUGUAUAAAUGAUUAAAUAAACGAUAUUUUAUAACUUAUAUUCGAAAUAUACUAUACUCUAUA